CUGGAGCAGCAAGCGGCGGUGCUUCACUGGCUCUCAGUGCGGGAAUACAGCAGCGGAGAGCGGCAUGGACACGGAAGGGAGCCCGAGCAGCCUGUCGUCCGUCACGGACAACUCCCCCCACGACCCCUGCAAAAUGUUCAUCGGGGGUUUGAGUUGGCAGACGACACAAGAGGGCUUGAAGGACUACUUCUGCAAAUUUGGAGAGGUGAAGGAGUGUAUGGUGAUGCGCGAUCCCGUCACCAAGAGGUCGAGGGGGUUUGGGUUCGUCACAUACGCAGACCAGGCCGGAGUGGAAAAGGUGCUGGCCCAAAACAGACACGAGCUGGACUCCAAAACAAUCGACCCAAAAGUGGCUUUUCCCCGCCGUGCUCAGCCAAAGUUGGUCACCCGGACAAAGAAGAUCUUUGUCGGAGGACUGUCAGUCAACACCACCAUUGAAGAUGUGAAGCAAUACUUUGACCAAUUUGGAAAGGUUGACGAUGCCAUGCUUAUGUUCGACAAAACAACCAACAGACACAGAGGAUUUGGUUUUGUCACCUUUGAGAACGAAGAUGUGGUCGAGAAAGUGUGUGAGAUUCAUUUCCACGAGAUCAACAAUAAAAUGGUAGAGUGUAAGAAAGCACAGCCAAAGGAGGUGAUGACGCCUACAAGUUCGGCCAGAGGUCGAUCCAGAGUGAUGCCCUAUGGGAUGGAUGCCUUCAUGCUGGGCAUUGGCAUGCUUGGCUACCCAGGCUUCCAGACCACCACCUACACCAGCCGCAGUUACUCUGGAAUUGCGCCUGGUUACGCCUACCAGUUCCCAGAAUUCCAUUUAGAGAGGACCCCCCUCCUGACAUCUUCCCACCCCCCUGAGCUGACAGCCAUUCCCUUAACUGCAUAUGGACCAAUGGCAGCAGCGGCAGCAGCAGUUGUUAGAGGUGCCACCCCUUCUCGCGCAGCUGGAUUUCUGAGCACCAGCAGCCCUGGACCAAUGGCUGAUUUGUACGCUGCAGCAAAUCAGGACUCAGGAGUAAGCGGCUACAUCAGCGCGGCUAGCCCCGUCCCCAGCACAGGGUUCGGCCAUGGUCUAGGGGGUCCUCUGAUUGCUACUGCGUUCACUAAUGGCUACCACUGAGAUGACUCCGGUCAUAGAUAUUUGGGGGCUUCUUUUCUGCUGAUGAGCCAAUCAAAUGCUGAGUGCCCAUUGGCGGCACAACCUGAUUGGCUGGCUGCAGCUCUGCCUGGCUGUCCCGUGGCUCCACCCACCAUGGGAAUAUCUUUUUAAAAACCUGAACUCUGUUUUUGCUGUACUAAUCUCACAUGAACAUAAUAUCCCAGUGUGUCCUCAUGGAUCUUCAUUAGACCCCACAAAUAUCCAUUACUUUCUUUUGAAACUGAGAAAACUGAAAAAAAAGGCUCUGGUGAAACUGUCAUUUUUGACAAAGCCACAGAGGACUAUUUUCUUCUAAUUUUUACUGUAUUUCACUGUGUUAUAUUGCAUCAUGAAAUCAUUGAAAGAUGUUUCUGAUAAAACACACCAGGCACAAAGGUUUGUUUUCUUUAAAAACCCUUUUUAACAUACAAAGAACAAACCCAACAACAAGUCAUUUUUCUAAGCAUCAUGGAAACACAGGAAAAAAAUGUAUAUUUUGAUAGACUUUAAAAACAAACCUUUGUAAUAUUGUUAUUAAUAUUGACAUAAUAUGAUAAUCUGUGAGGUAUUUUAUUCUGUUAUUGGUUUUAAAGCAAUGUUUUUAUGUCUUCCUGUAAGAUAUUGUACAUAGACUUUGGGAUGAAGGGGCAGGGCGGGUGAGGGACUACUGAACCAGCUGGCAUGUAAUUGGUUGGUUUGGAGAGGAUCAGCUUCUAUUUCACUGAAAGUCAUCUUUAUGAAAUGAUAUGUGGUCAUCUCACUACUUAUUACACAAGAGUAAACUUGUGUACGUUAUUGGCCAUUCCUCUCCAGCAUUGACGCAGUGUGACACUGUUGAUGAUAAGACAUUACUUCCAGGGGUUUGUCUGGCAUUCAUGUUCUUUUACAAUGUCAUCACAUUUUUAAUGUUUUUCUGGAACCAGCAGCUAUGUUUUUUUUUUUUUUUUUUGAAUGGCGGUGAACCCAAUUUCUUGCAUCUGCAUGAAAAACUAUUUUAGAUUAAGAUGAUGGACUAAUUUCAAAUUUAAACCGAAGAAAUCAGGGUUUGGUUGGGAGGGGGGGGGGGGGGGAAUUUAACUUGACAUUGUGGGAUUUUUUUUUUUUUUUCAAAGUCACUUAAAUUUUUUGUUUAGUUUUCCUUUUUUAUGUGUUUAUACGGUGAGGCACCGUGAAAAUAAAUGAAGGACAUUCUCUGAGAAACAAAUGUAGAAAACAUCACAAUAAUGUUCUGUUCUCUUAUCACGAUUGAAGGUGCAUGCGAAUGCGUCUGAAUGUGUGUGAGCGAGGUUUAGUGCGCUUACAUCAAACUAUGAUAUGGAAUUUCUUUUGGCAACUAAUGGAGCUUUCCUGUUGCCUGUACUUGGUACUGAUAUGAUCUCCCCGUUCCGUUUUGUUUCACUGCUCUCCACUACUUUGCUCACAUCUCUUGUUUUGUAUUCAUGACUAUGUGCUCCUCCACAUAAUUGUUGAUUAUAUACAGUUGCUGCUCCGUGUAAUUUUGGGUAGAGGGGAUUUGGGCAGGGAACAUAAAAUGUAACAGGGUCUGGUCCCAGUCAGCUCUGAUAAAGGAACUCGAUGGAGACUAACGCUGGCUGGAAGGCAAAGUCAAAUGCUGGAACAAAUGCAACGUGAAAAAACAAACAAAAAAAACCAAGUGAACUGUUUGUUCAGCCUUGUUUCAUGUUGAGCAUAGCAAGCCACGUGAAGCCACGUCCUCAUCCAGCCAGUCGUUCCUCUGUCCGACCAUCUGGGACACGACGCAAAACUACUGCUGGACACCUACACUGUAACUUUUUAACUUACAAUAAAGCAAUAAGUUAUUUUGUACCUUACAAAUGAAAAUAGUGCUAUUAUUGGUAAAAGCAGACAGGGUGUGGAUCAUUUUGCGGCAUUAAGACUUUAUUUUCAGAUAAAAAUUAUAUUUUUCUGUGUUGAGACCUUGCUCCCCUUGUACAGUAUAUUGAUUUCAAUGUUGAAUUGUCUUGUGUUCAUGUCAGGAAAAGGGCCAAUGCUUUGAAUUGAGCUUGUAGCGCCUUACACGAGGUCAGAAAGAUUAGGGAUGGCCCCUGCCAAGCUUUACAGAAUUUCUUUUCUCGUACCCACCCCCUGAGAAUUUCAAUUUUAAAAUGCUAAUAAAUUAUUCUAAAGUA